AUUUGGUUGCGCACAUUAGGCGCAAAUCUCGUAAAGUUGUGUGAAACACCCUAUAUAAUCGGUGGCACAAAAUCGAUCGAUACUUGAAUAAGCGUUGUUAUAUCUUAAGCACCUUUUGUAUUAAUUGUGUCACGUGACUUGAGCAUUUGACAGAGAUUUGACACAUUCUAACCUAACUUUUCACCCAAAUAAACACCAUGGAAAACGACCCUUCAAAGCAAGAAAAAGCGCCCGAAGCCUCGUUCAAGAAGCCCCUGUUGGUGGGAAAAAUUGGCAAAUUUCCAAAAAGAUUGCAAAAUACGGAAUCAACACCAAAUAAAGUCAUUGAAAACAAAGACAGUAAGGAAGAAACAGAGCCAAGUACUGUUGCAGUUCCAGCCUCAGACGACGUUCCCCCUGUACAUAAACCAGUCGAAAGUAAGAAAACAGAAAUUAAGUCAUUGCCGUACGAAGAGCCCAACUGGUCAUCGUUACCAGAAACGACUUCACAAGACUAUGUUUUGGAAGUAUUGAAAAACGGCUCAAUUAUUGAGACUGUGAAUGUGAUGAAGAAGCCGUUUUGGACGUUUGGACGCCUGGCCACGUGUGAUAUUUGCAUGCAACAUCCGACCAUUUCCAGAUAUCAUGCCAUUUUACAAUACAGAAAAGAUGACAAAAACUCAGGCUUCUACAUUUACGAUUUGGAAAGCACACAUGGCACGUUUUUGAACAAAAAUCGAAUCAAACCGAGGAAUUACGUACGGAUGCGGGUUGGCCACAUGUUAAAACUUGGAUGCAGCACCAGAUCGUACAUUUUAACCGGCCCUGAACAAGACGCUGAGGAAGAAUCAGCUUUAUCUGUCACCGAACUGAAGCAAAAACGGGAGGAACAAAUCCGUCAGCGUGAGCUAGAAAAGUUAGAAGAAGAAGAAAGGUUAAGAAAACAAGAAGAACGAGGCAUUGACUGGGGAUUGGGUGAAGACGCGGACGAAGAAACGGAUUUAUCCGAAAAUCCCUUCGCCCAAACGAAUAACGAAGACCUAUAUCUUGACAAUCCGAAGAAAGCAUUGCGCGGUUUCUUCGAAAGAGAAGGCUUAGAGCUGGAAUAUGAUUGCACGGAACAAGGAAUGGGACAAUUUCUGUGCAAGGUUGAGCUUCCAGUUGAUGACGAGAUGGGACGUCCAAUUUUUGCCGAAAUCUUCCACAAGGGUAAGAAGAAGGAAGCUGUGGUCCAGUGUGCUUUGGAAGCGUGUAGGAUACUAGAUAGACAUGGUUUGUUACGACAAGCGACACAUGAGUCACGCAAAAGGAAACCAAAAAAUUGGGAAGAAAAUGAUUAUUACGAUAGUGACGAUGACACGUUUUUGGAUCGAACUGGUGCCAUUGAAAAGAAGAGGGAAAUGAGGAUUAAGGCGAAAGUGCCACAAAAAGCAGAAACUUACGAAAGUUUGAUGGAGAAGGAGAAAGAAAUCAAUGAUUCUAUUAAAAAACUAGAAUCGGAACUAGAAGAAUGUCAAAAAUCUCUAGCGUCAGUUGGUACUUCAUCUAGUGGUGAAGCCGAUUCAUUGGACUCUUUCAUGAUGGAAUUAAAACAGUCGAAACCGAGUAAACAAAGUUUGAAUAAACUUAAAUCUGAGCUUAUUAAACUGAAGCAAGAACAUGGAAAUGUUAUCAAAUUGGUAAAUAUAGCACGGCCUGCUAGUUUACCACCUUUGGUACCUGAAUACGCACCUAAUCCCAACAGUGGUAAAGUGGAGAAGAAGAGUUUACCGAUUUUUGGGAAGCGUAAAAAAAUUAAAGUCCAGGUGGUUAGUAAGAGUGAACCGAUGCAUAUUGAUGAUGGUGAAGAAGAUGAAGAAGAAGAAAGUGAAAAAGAACAAACGGCUGAACAAGAACAAGUCAAAGAAAAAGAAGAGCGGCAUGAGGAGGAACAGGUUGAAAAAUUACAAAAGACUGACCUGAAGAAAGACGUAAAUGUGGACACGAACGAAAGAAAGAAAAGAAGAAAUCAAAGACGGAUGCAACAGAAACAAGAACGUGCCGAAAUUGAGAAGAAGAAGGGUUAUGACGAAGAUGCGUACAAGGAGGAUUAUAACAUGUGGGUACCUCCUAGUGGUCAGUCGGGGGAUGGACGUACCUCUUUGAAUGAUAAAUUGGGUUAUUAAUAAAUUUUUAUAUUU